CAGUGCUCCUGAAAACACUCAUUCCUCCACAUAGAAAAAAAAUCCAACCUAUACCUCAUUUCACUUCUCAUACUGGUGACCACAAAGAUGCUGAAACAGAGAGAGAGUUAGAGAGAGAGAGAGAGAGAGAGAGAGAGAGAGAGAGAGAGAGAGAGAGGAAAAAAAGAAAAAACUCCAGAUCUGCCAGAAACCGAAACCAACAUGACAAAUAUAUAAACAGUACAUGAGCCUCACUAUAGUAUGAAGGUAUCUUGCUUUGUUCACUGCUGCUCCAAGAUGACUGUUUGGUGGCGGGCUCUCAUCUUCCUUUGCUGUGUACUCAACUGUGUGGAGUCCUCUUCUCCAUCUCCAGUCCUCCAGAGGAAUAAAUAUAACAACUCCUUUCGUCUCACGAGGUUCACCCGAACCCGUGUCCAGCUGCUGCAGAGGAAAUAUAAAGAGCAGCAGUUGGGAAACAAGCAUUUUGAGGACAGAAGCCAGCAGUUGAAGGACCUGCCAUUGCUUUCUACAGAUUUCUACAGCUGGUUAAAGCUGACGGACUGGGAACGACUGCAUGCUGCUUUCUGGGACAUGCAAGCCUUUUGGAAUAUGCUGGAGUGGAAGAGAAAACAGCUGGAGAAGGAGGAGAAAGAGCAUAUGGUGGUGCGGGCGUUUGGCACCACUUUACCUCAGAGCAUUAGGCACAUUCAGCUGGACCUGAGGGACCUGAUGAGCCAAGUCAGCAGUCAGAUGAGUUACAUGAAGAGCUCUUGGACGAAGCCAACCUCUCCUACAGCCUUGAGCCCACAAACCAGAUCAAAAACAGUAUGGGACAGCCGAGUGGAGGGUUACAUCAUUCUGAGGGAUCUAGACCUUUACCUCACUAAGCUGGCAAGAGACUUCCUCCUACUGGCAUCAAAAACACACUUAUGACACACACACACACACACACACACACACACACACACAC